AUGGGACACACAGACUUUGGACCUGUGAGUCUUCACGCGUGCAACUCAAUCUCCUUGGUAUGGUAUAAAACACCCCUUCCCUCGCAUUUUCGUUUCAGCUUUCCUCAUCAGUCGGCGGCGCAAUUUUUAGCCGAAGGCAGGCUACACCCGAACUUACCAACCCCAUCAUCAAUGGCAGCCUCAGCAUCACAAACCCUCCGUACCCAGUCCCUCUGGAGAUCAUCGCUCUCCCUCUCUUCCAAACCCUUUCUAUCCUCACACUUCUCCGUCUCUCUCCGCCAACGCAGGACCCUACCCGCACGGCCCCUCGUGGUGGUGGUCUCCGCGGGUCUUGAUUCCAAGCCCACUAUUCUAGUAUCGGAGAAGCUCGGCGAAGCUGGGCUCAAGCUGUUAAAUGAGUUCGCCAAUGUUGAUUGCUCCUAUAAUCUGAGCCCCGAGGAACUCUGUACCAAGAUUUCGCUCUGCGAUGCGUUGAUUGUGCGCAGUGGAACUAAGGUCACCCGCGAGGUGUUCGAGUCUUCUGGUGGAAGGCUCAAGGUGGUUGGGAGAGCUGGCGUUGGAAUCGACAAUGUUGAUCUGGCGGCGGCGACCGAGCAUGGAUGCUUGGUGGUGAAUGCACCCACGGCCAACACGGUGGCGGCCGCCGAGCAUGGAAUUGCGCUUUUGGCCGCCAUGGCUAGGAAUGUUGCACAAGCUGAUUCGUCCGUGAAAGCUGGGAAAUGGCAACGGAGUAAGUAUGUAGGGGUGUCCCUCGUCGGGAAAACACUUGCCGUGAUGGGAUUUGGGAAGGUUGGUUCUGAAGUUGCUCGACGAGCCAGGGGACUUGGUAUGCAUGUCAUUGCGCAUGACCCAUAUGCUCCAGCAGACCGUGCUCGGGCAAUUGGGGUGGAACUAGUGAGCUUCGAUGAAGCCAUUGCUACUGCAGAUUUUAUCUCUUUACAUAUGCCUCUUACUCCCGCUACAUCAAAGAUUCUCAAUGAUGAGACUUUCGCUAAGAUGAAGAAAGGAGUUAUGAUAGUCAAUGUAGCUCGUGGAGGAGUUAUUGAUGAGGAGGCUCUCGUUAGGGCUCUAGAUAAUGGCAUUGUAGCUCAGGCAGCGCUUGAUGUUUUCACGGAGGAGCCACCCCCAAAAGACAGCAAAUUGAUUUUGCAUGAGAGAGUGACUGCAACACCUCAUCUUGGUGCUAGUACUGUGGAAGCUCAGGAAGGUGUGGCAGUUGAAAUAGCAGAAGCUGUUGUAGGGGCGUUGAGAGGGGAGCUUGCUGCUACGGCAGUCAACGCACCAAUGGUUCCUGCAGAGGUGUUGACAGAGUUGAAACCAUUUGUUGAUCUUGCUGAGAGAUUGGGGAGACUGGCUGUCCAGUUGGUAGCGGGAGGAAGUGGUGUGAAAUCAGUGAAAGUGACUUAUGCUUCUGCUAGAGCUCCUGAUGACCUGGACACUCGGGUACUACGUGCCAUGAUAACCAAGGGUCUCAUUGAGCCCAUAUCCAGUGUUUUUGUGAAUUUAGUCAAUGCUGAUUUCACUGCCAAGCAAAGAGGACUCAGGAUAACCGAGGAGAGAAUCAUCCUUGAUGGCUCCCCCGAGAAUCCACUUAAAUUCAUGCAGGUCCAAAUUGCUGAUGUGGAAUCUAGAUUUGCCAGCUCACUUUCGGAAUCUGGGGAGAUUAAGCUCGAAGGUCGGGUGAAAGACGGUCUCCCUCAUCUUACAAAGGUUGGAUCUUUUGAUGUUGAUGUGAGCUUGGAAGGUAGCAUUAUACUCUGCAGGCAGGUGGAUCAACCAGGUAUGAUUGGAAAGGUCGCGAGUGUUUUGGGAGAGGAGAAUGUAAACGUCAGCUUCAUGAGCGUGGGAAGGAUUGCUCCUCGUAAACACGCUGUAAUGGCAAUUGGGGUGGAUGAACAACCUAGCAAAGAAACUUUGAAGAAGAUAGGGGAGAUUCCCGCCAUUGAAGAGUUCGUUUUCCUCAAGUUAUAAGAGAUUGAUUUUCCGCUUCUUUUUUGGUCUGUUGAUUUUGAUUGGGAAUGGCUGCUUGAUGUGACCGUUUUAUAGAAAGACUAGUUGAGAGUGUAGUUUUAGGAGGGUGAGAAGAGAAUAAUUCAAAUUUUGCAAUGGUGGGUUCUUCUCGUUUUGGUCAGCAUGGAGCGGGUUUUAGCAUUUCAUCUUGGGAAUAAUUGUCCAGUCGAGUUGGUGCUCAUCCGAGUUUGUAUCAGGUGAGAUAGGUUUUCCUGUUUAGUGGAUUAUGCGACGUCACUAUGAGCUCAAAUUAGUACGUAAAGUGGCUUUUAAAAAAAAGUAAAGUAUUAAUUAAUGGAAUGGGAUAAAUUCCAUGCUCAUCUUCAGUAAGCACUGUUUGUUUCUAGGUAAUAGGCGCUCUGUAAAAUAAAGCGGCAGUUUCGUGAUGUUGAAGAGUCCAAAUAAUAUAUAAAAUUUAUGUUAGUACCUCAUAGUUUU